AUGACGUAUAAGUUUAGCUGUUGCGACGAUGGGUCCGGAGCUACUGUUGGUUCAGUAGUGCGCUUCGAUAACGUCACCCUGUUAAUUGAUCCUGGCUGGAAUCCAUCUAAAGUUUCAUAUGAGCAGUGUGUCGACUACUGGGAAAAAGUGAUACCGGAAAUUGAUGUUAUAAUACUGUCACAACCGACCGCUGAAUGCCUAGGUGCUCACUCUUUGUUAUAUUAUAAUUUCAUUUCUCAUUUCAUAUCGAGAAUACAAGUUUACGCUACUCUUCCAGUUAUCAAUUUGGGGAGAGUAUCCACCAUAGACUCAUAUGCAUCAGCAGGUGUAAUAGGUCCGUAUGAUACUAACAAACUCGAUCUUGAGGAUAUAGAGAAAUCGUUCGACCACAUAGUUCCUCUCAAAUACUCACAAUUGGUAGAUUUACGAUCGAGAUUCGACGGGUUGACUUUACUAGCAUACAAUGCUGGUGUUUGUCCCGGUGGCUCUAUUUGGUGUAUAAGCACGUAUUCUGAAAAGCUGAUCUAUGCCAAAAGGUGGAAUCACACCAGAGAUAACAUACUAAACGCUGCUUCAAUACUGGAUGCAACUGGAAAACCUUCAUCCACGUUGAUGAGACCUUCUGCAAUAAUUACUACCUUAGACAGAUUCGGCUCUUCUCAGCCUUUCAAGAGACGUUCCAAAACUUUCAAAGACACAUUGAGGAAGGGUUUGAAUUCGGAUGGGUCUGUUAUAAUACCCGUAGAUAUGAGUGGGAAAUUUUUAGACCUUUUCACACAAGUUCAUGAGUUAUUAUUCGAAAGCACGAAGAUCAAUGCGCAUACGCAGGUGCCUGUACUCAUUCUAUCAUAUUCAAGAGGAAGAACCUUAACUUACGCCAAAUCCAUGCUUGAAUGGCUAUCUCCAACCCUUCUUAAAACAUGGGAAAAUAGAAAUAAUACUUCACCGUUUGAAAUUGGAUCACGGGUCAAAAUUAUAUCUCCAAAGGAACUUAAGAAGUACGUCGGUUCCAAGAUCUGCUUUGUAUCUGAAGUGGAAGCCUUAAUCAACGAAGUUAUAACUAGGAUAGGUAAUUCUGAAAAGACAACCCUGAUAUUGACUAAACCGAACUUUGAAUCUGCAUCCUGUCUGGAUAAGAUAUUAGACAUUAUAAAACAAGAUAAAAGCGACCGAAAAAGCCCCUCUGAGGAGGAUAAACCAUUCGUUUGCGAUAGUUACAUUUCAAUCGACACUAUAAAGGAAGAGCCUUUGAGUAAAGAGGAAUUGGAAGCGUUUAAAUUACAGCUGAAAGAGAAAAAAAAGAAUAGAAACAAGAAGAUUUUACUAUUGAAAAGAGAAUCCCAAAAAUUGGCCAAUGGCAACACAAACAUAGACGAUUCCAACGCUGGAGGAACGAUAAACAGCCAAGACAUCUUAGCAGGCGAUGCAGAUGAAGAGCCAGUGACAGACCGCAUCACAGGAGAAGACGAAGAUGAAGAAGAGGAGGAAGAUAACGAUAAUUUACUAAGCUUACUUAAGGACAAUUCCCAAAAGCCUUUGGCAAAGAAAAACACUGAGGCCUCUGUGGACAUCAUUAUACAACAAAAUGCAACCUCGAAACACAAAAUGUUUCCUUUCAAUCCUAUUAAAAUUAAAAAAGAUGAUUACGGUACUGUCGUAGAUUUCACGAUGUUUAUACCAGAUGACUUAGACAACACUAAUCUAAAUAGCAGGAAAAGGCCACUAAAAGAUGGCAGCAAAAGCAUGGGCAAGGACAGUGUUGCAGGUGAUGAAGACAGCAAAAACGAAGAAGAUGAUGGUUACAAUGUGGGGGACCCAGUAAGUAAAAAGAGGAAACACCGUAGUUCUCGUUAUUCAGGGUUCACUGGUGCUGAAGAAACGGAAAAUUUUGAUAAUUUGGACUAUUUAAUAAUAGACAAGACACUUUCAAAAAGAAUAGAAUCUACAGCAAACAUCCAAUUGAAAUGUUCCGUAGUGGUGUUGAAUUUACAGAGUUUGGUUGAUCAAAGAUCCGCAUCCAUUAUAUGGCCAUCAUUAAGAUCUAGGAAAAUGGUACUUUCAGCUCCUAAAAAUAUCCAAAAUGAGGAACUAAUAGCCAAACUCACAAACAAAAAUAUCGAAGUGGUAAACAUGCCAUUGAAUAAGACAGUAGAAUUCAAUACAACCAUAAAGGCCCUCGAUAUCUCCAUUGAUUCUGAACUCGAUAAUCUUCUGAAAUGGCAACGUAUCAGCGGUAGUUACACAGUCGCCACUGUUGUUGGCCGACUAGUUAAGGAGACUCUUCCACAAGUCAAUAACCAUCAAAAGACAGCUUCUAGGAGUAAACUGGUCUUGAAGCCGUUAAACGGUUCAUCAAGAAGUCAUAAAACUGGCGCAUUGUCUAUUGGUGAUGUUAGGUUAGUUCAACUAAAGAAACAGUUAACGGAAAAAAACUACAUUGCAGAAUUCAAAGGUGAAGGUACACUUGUCAUCAAUGGAAAAGUGGCAGUCCGUAAAAUUAAUGAUGCAGAAACCAUUAUUGAUGGUACCCCCUCUGAACUAUUUGAUACUGUCAAGAAAUUGGUAACAGAUAUGUUAGCAAAAAUUUAG